AUGGAGCGCGGCGUCGGAGGCGGGCCUUCCGCAUCAAGCCUGGUUGCCCUGCUUGGGGAGAGUGAUGUCAUGGCUCUGUUCUCGCCCCGCCCCGUGGCUUGGAGGACGGGCGGGGCUGUGCGCGCCCUGCCCUUGUUCCGGGCCAGACCCGGGCUUGUUCAGAAUCAGGGCGUGCCGCCCUCCGGGGCGGGCUCAAGGCUGGGCCGGGCUAAGCUGUGCCAGAGCCGGGAGCGGGAGGAGGCGCGGCGCAGCGGAACGGCUAGGGGAGAACCGCGCUCGCUCGGGCCGGGGGCCGGCGAUGGCGUGAGCGGCCCGCCCGGGGGUGUGAGCGGCGCGCCCGCCAUGGCCGAGCCGGCCGAGGAGAGGCACUGCUGGGUCUGCUUCGCCACAGAGCACGAGGACCGGGCCGCCGAGUGGGUCUGCCCUUGCCGCUGCAAAGGCUCCACCAAAUGGAUCCACCAGGCCUGCCUGCAACGCUGGCUGGACGAGAAGCAGAAGGGCAACAGCACGGGCAGCGUGAGCUGCCCACAGUGUGGCACUGAGUACCGCAUCGUCUUCCCCAAGCUGGGGCCCCUGGUGUAUUUCCUCCACCAGGUGGACCAGAUCCUGUCCAGAGCCAGCCCCUUCGCCAUGGCCGGCAUUGUGGUGGGGACGGUGUACUGGUCAGCUGUCACCUAUGGGGCCGUCACGGUGAUGCAGGUAGUUGGCCAUAAGAAGGGGCUGGAUGUGAUGGAGCGGGCAGACCCCCUCUUCCUGCUCAUGGGACUGCCCACCAUCCCCGUCAUGCUGGUACUGGGUAGGCUCAUCCGCUGGGAGGACUACGUGCUGCGUGUCUGGCGGAAGUACUCCAGCAAGCUGCAGGCCCUGCAGGCCCUGGUGCCAGGGAUUGGGCGCCAGGUGUCCCCAGGGCUGCUGGCCGAGUCCCGCCCCCAGAGCGACCACCUGUCCCUCUCACGAACGCUGUGCGGGGCCCUGGUGUUCCCCACCGUCGCCAGCCUGGUGGGCAGGCUCCUCUUCCGGCGGGUGGACUCCAGCCUGCAGCGCACCAUCCUGGGAGGCAUCACCUUUGUGGCCAUCAAGGGGGUGCUCAAAGUCUACUUCAGACAGCAGCAGUACCUGCUCCAGGCCAACCGGCGCAUCCUUGACUACCUGGAGCCGGGCCCAGCGCCCCUGGACGAGGACAGCAGCACCGAGGGCAACCUCAGCUAGGCCUGGGGCCUGGCCCCUGCUCGCAGCUUCUUGGCCCGUGUGUCGGGCCGUGCCCUGCAGUCACAGCCUGGGGACAGAGCCCUGCCCUGGAAGGCUGUCUCCUAGCCCUGGCCCUGCCCCCUUUAUAAAUAGCCACUGGAAAUAUAAACCUUGUUUGAACAGCG